AUGAGAUCUUUGGAGAAUGCCGGUUUUGGGGCAGUUGUACUGUUGGGGAUUGAAGAGGGUCGUCGGACAUGCGCCAAUGGUUUGCCAGUGAUUUCAUCGAGCAUUAGGAUGCUGGAUAGUGCGGUGCACCUUGGAUGCGGUGAGACUGAAAUGAUUAUGGAACUACACUUCUAUUUUUGUGACGUAUACCCUCAUGAUGUUCUCAGUCACAUCUCGAAUAACGGUAUGGACAUACAAGGCGGGCUGCCCCUUGGUUUUUCUGUGGCUCCAGAACAGCUUUUGGACGAUUCCGCGCUCCAAGAAACAGCUUUCAAAGCGGACAUAUGGGCGCUUGGCAUAGUGCUACUGGAAAUGGCAACGGGUGUUUUAUUGCGAGAUGUCUGGUCGUUGAAGCAAUAUAUGACUAUCCUGAAAUGUAGUAUGAACAGAGCUGAGAAGGGUUCUCUUCUUGGUCCAAUAUUCAAGGCACUGCAGUCCGCUUCAAGUGUAGCCAAAAACGUAUUCGAACUUGAUGAGAAACUACUCAGUUUUGUCGAAAGAUGCCUUUCGCUGUUACCAUCACAGCGUCCCUCACCAAGCGAACUCUUAUCAAACGUUUGUAUGGAGAGAGCUAGUGAGCCAGCAUACUUCGAGUCUGUGGAAUCAAUGAGCAAAAGGAUCGUCUCAAGUAAUAGUAAUGAUUGGAUUUUGCGAGAAAUGGCUGCUGAAGACGCUUUUUUUCUGUGGAGGCUCUGUGGCUCUUCUGCUGAGGCUAUUCUUGUCAGAAACAAUGUUAUAACCCUUCGUCAUCCUGUUCUUACCAAUCCAAGUAUUGUGGUGGAAGACCUCCGUAUGUUUGGAAAUGACGAGGCGCGUAAAUUCUAUGUGAGACCUGGUGUAGUGAUGCUUCCAGACAAGAACUUGCGGGAGAAGAUGACAUCUAUUCCAUCGGUGGAGAUCUUUUUGCAGUCAUUUCUGGCCACAUCGGACUCUGUUAAGAGUCAUGAUGAAAACUUGUCGGUAAUCGUAAAAGAAAAGGACAUGGUCUAUCAGUUAAACAUUUUUUUUUCAGUUUGGUGUGCUUUAUUAAACGUGCGAGCCAGCGACGAAUGGAAUUUUUUCCUCUGCAACACUUUAGCAGUCCAUGUAAGCGACCGGCAACUUGACGUAGAUAUACCACGCUGUCAUCAGUACGAGGAACUGAUGACAUCGCCAGCGGCUCAUUACGGGCUGCGCAGGCUUCUCAAGGCUUGGUUGAUGAGGCAUCCUCAUUACGUUUAUUGGCAAGGCUGCGACAGUCUUGCGGCACCAUUUCUUCUUCUGAAUUUUAACAGAUUAUCCACCGCAUUGGCCUGCUUCACAGCGUUCAUUGAGAAGUACCUCAACAAUUUCUUCCUUAAAGACAACUCGGCCAUAAUCCAAGGGUUGGCUAUCCUCCACCAACUUCGUCAAACCCUUAUUGAAGCGUCUUUUAAUGACGCAAUUCUUCUCUUUUCUGAUCUUCCAGAUUGUGAAGAAAAGCCACCCCGGGGACUUCCUUGCAGUUUACAGCACGUGUCUUAUAAAGAACUGAAGAAAUGGCACUGUCCUCGCAUCUCUACAGAAGAAUUCGCUUGGAGAGUUUCUGAUCAGCUGAUUGUUGCCAUUGAUAUACGACCACAAAUUGAUUUCGGAAGAGGUUGUGUUCUUCGCUCGAUCAACUACCCUAAUGUUAAUGACCAAUCCUUGCUGAACAUCGCCGAGCCAUUGAGAGUCGCUCAACGAAAUCAACACCCAAUUUGCAUAGUUGGAGGAAAGGAUGCUGAAGUAACUCGUAAGUUCUCAGGUGACCUGGUGGGUAUGGGCAUUGAUGGUGUUUGUGUGCUGGACGGAGGUUUUGAGGCGAUUCGUCAUGAUACUUCGCUUAUUCAUGUACCUCACUGA